GAGACAAUAUGGCGGCCUUUUAUAUCAGCGUCCCAAAAGACGGAGAGACAAAAUUAGAUCAAAGUAAUACAAUUUUCUUAUUCAUCGCGCGAGACAUCGAGGUGUUUCGUAAUCUCGUGGAUUAAUCGCGACACGCGCAUGCGCAUCGAUUAUAAGGCAUAUCUCGAGUUCUAUUGCAGUCUAUCGCGGUCUAAGCCCGCGGUGAACGCGUAAGCGGAGUUUGUCAAGUGUCAGAAGCAACGACGGGAUCUCGCUGUACACAUGUGCGUGUGUGCGCGCGCGCGCGCGGUACGUGUGUAGUAUGAUCCGCGACGAAAACAGAGCUCCGAUUGCCGUCGAAACGCAGCUCUCUCUCUUCUCCCUGUAGCGCAGCAUCGCUCCGCACAUACGUGACGCACAAAACAAACGCGACGAUCAAACGAGGUGAGCGAAAGACGGGUGUAGUGCCGAGAGAGUCGGCUGGUAAUCGAUAUGAUACUCGAGUAACCCGCGUAAUCAUGGGUCGUCGUCCUGCCCGAGGUUCAUCGUCUUCUUCGUCAUCGUCGUCGUCGUCGUCGUGCGUAAACACGACGGCGAUUCGGUGAAGAAUGAGUUCUCGGGCGAUUGCGCUCCCUCGACGAAUCCGCGGAGAGAGUUCGCGAUUGUAGGACUUGAUUCGGGAGAAAAAAAAAACAGAGGAGAAAAACAAGGCAAGGUGUAAAGGUGAGAGAGUGCGAUACCGUCUUCCGAUAGAAGAAUCGGACAUUCGUAGGGGAAGCGGAAGGACUCUCGGCCUCGCUCGCUGCUGAUCUUGCUCCGAUUUGAUCGCGUUGCGCCAGCGAAAAUCGUUCGGAUGCGGAGAUCGUCACGAUGGUGAUACGAUCAUAAUUACCGAUUCGCAGCUUGCAAUUGCUCAGAUUUGUCUGCAACCGCGUGAAGAUCCUUAAGACUGCCCGUCCUUACCAAGUACCCUUGCAAGUACCAUGGAAGUAAUAGAAAUCUAUAAAUCCUACUGAAAGGAGGAUGCCAGUAACUAAACGCAUUCCAUAUCCUUCGCGAUCCGACGGCGGUAGUAGUGAGAGCCCGUUGCUCGUGGAAGAAGGUGAAACAAUUGGUACACCUCACAGUCCACGCAACAUACACAGUCACAGCCAUUCACAUGGCAAUCCACAUCGGUCUCAUAGUUAUCACCAUGAGAAGCCGAAACAAUUAGUGAAAUACGGUGAACUAGUUAUACUUGGAUACAAUGGUUACCUUCCACCUGGCGAUAGGGGUAGAAGGAGAAGUAAAUUUGUAUUAUACAAAAGACCCGUGCCAAAUGGCGUUAAACGCAGCAAGCAUUAUAUCGUUAAAACGCCUCAUUGUUCACAAGCCAUUCUCAAUACGAAGCAACACUCAAUCUCGUAUACACUCUCUAGAACACAGGCCGUUAUCGUCGAAUACACGGAAGACGAAAAAACGGAUAUGUUUCAAAUCGGUCGUUCGUCCGAAUCGCCUAUCGAUUUCGUAGUGAUGGAUACAUGUGCGGGCGGUAGCGAUGGUGGACCUGCUAAUGAAGGACGCGUUGCCCAGAGUACUAUCAGCAGGUUUGCCUGUCGAAUUCUGGCGGACAGAUCGGAUCCCAGAAUCGCGAGAAUUUAUGCCGCAGGUUUCGACAGCUCGAGAAAUAUUUUCCUAGGGGAAAAAGCGACCAAAUGGCAAGAGAAUCGCGAAAUCGAUGGACUUACGACUAAUGGAGUCUUGAUAAUGCAUCCGCGAGGUCAAUUCUGCGGUGGCGAGGCGCAAUGUGGUUUUUGGCGGGAAGUUAGCGUGGGCGGCGGUGUUUUCUCGCUCAGGGAAAGCCGGAGUGCUCAACAAAAGGGUAAUGUUGUCGAGGAAGAGAACAAUAUCCUACAAGAUGGUACUCUUAUUGAUCUUUGCGGCGCUACUCUUCUCUGGCGAUCAGCUGAAGGCCUCGCGAAGUCUCCGACGAAACAAGAUCUAGAAGAAUUAGUCGAUGCUAUAAAUGCCGGCAGACCGCAGUGUCCUGUAGGCUUGAACACAUUGGUCAUACCACGCAAAGCAGCUUCGGAUUCGACGCAGCAACAGCCAUACGUUUACCUUAAGUGCGGUCAUGUACAGGGGCAUCAUGACUGGGGUCAGGAGAAGGAUAAGGUUACGAGAAGGUGUCCUAUGUGCCUAGUCGCAGGGGCAGUAGUCAAGCUAUCUAUGGGAAUAGAGCCUGCCUUCUAUGUAGAUUGCGGACCGCCCACUUACGCAUUUAGUCCCUGUGGGCAUAUGGCUACAGAAAAAACUGUCAAGUAUUGGGAAAAAGUAGCCAUACCACACGGCACAAACGGCUAUAUCGCGAUCUGUCCCUUUUGCGCGGUGCCGCUUGAAGGAACGCCAGGAUAUGUAAAACUAAUUUUUCAGGAUAAUGUAGAUUGAAGAUAUAUAAAAUAAUGGAACAAUGUAGAAAUUAAUAACUUCUUAAGAAAUAUAAGGAUUAUUAAACUCGA